ACAAAAUCGGGCAAACUGGAGCCGGUUGCAGGGUAUUUCUUCAAUCAGAUAUUUUCCUGCAAUGAGAAGUGGAUGAUUCUUUCAGUUCUCUACUAUACUCCAAUCGGCUGAAGCAAAGAGGACACCGGAAAGAGGGAGAGGGUGUGUUGUGGGCGACUUGGACAUGAGGCGUUCGUGGUCUUUGUCUGCGGCACUCAGCAGUUAUCUUCUGCUGGUGCUGUAUUGCACGGGACCUUCAUCAGCGCUGUACCUCAAUGGCUUGUUCUCGGAUAACGCCAUCCUGCAGAUUGAGCGAGAGGAAAUCACCGCACCGCAGGCGAGGAUUUACGGCAGCACGUUCCUGAACGAGACGGUGAAGAUAACGGGCACGAACGGAUUUCCGUCGCUGCAGGCUAAACCCGUGGCUACACCGGACAGCGCACCCGAUGAGGGUCAGUGGAGCGUGACCGUACCUGCUCCUACAAAUGGCAAAACUGGACCGUUCGACAUCACUGUGACGUCCUUGGAUGCUACUGGUAAAGCGACUAACAGCUCGGAGUUCGGCAAUGUGUUCUUCGGUGACGUCAUUGUCUGCAGCGGCCAAUCCAACAUGGAGCUAUCAGUGAGGGCCACGGAUAAUGGAACGGAGGAGAUCGCGGCAGCCUCACAGUACGAGAGUAUCCACCUGUUCAACGUGGUACACAACGAAAGCAACUCGAGCAUCACAACGAUUGCCGGCACGUGGAAUGUGUCCAGCAAUGCUUCAGUGCCGAAUUUCAGUGCCGUGUGUUAUAUCACAGGCAGGAUGCUGACCGACUGGUUGCGUGUGAUCUACCCUGAUACAGUGAUGCAUGUCGGGUUGAUCGAGAGCAACAUCGGCGGUACAACGGUACACUUCUGGGCCCCGCCGGACGUCGGUCUGGCCUGCAACAAGACAGGCAUGCUGCCGUGGCAGGGUGAGUGUGCCCAGCAUGUAGCCGGCUGGUUGUGGAACGCCAUGAUCAACCCUAUGUCCAUGAGCGGUCAGGGAUACGCCAUCAUGGCUGCCAUGUACUACCAAGGUGAGGCGGACAGCGGUGAGAAUGAUCAUAUGAGCACGGCGGCGUACACAUGCGAGCUUGCCAACAUGAUCCGCUUCUGGCGCAAGGAGUGGAACCAGCCGGCCAUGCCCUUCGUCAACGUGCAGUUACCUGGUGGUGGGUACGGUGGCUGCAGUCCGGGGAACUACGAUGACGGCCUGACCAGCUGGGUGGGAAUACGCGCCGCACAGCAGAGGACGUCCCGGCUGGUACCCCACACCGGGAUGGUGGUCAGCGUGGACCAGGGCGGAGCGUUGCACUACCCUCACAAAUCCGAAGUUGCUCACCGCGCUUCGCUGUGGAUUCGGCAGCUGGCGUACGCCGACAGCAAGGCCAAUGCCCAGGGGCCUACGUUUCUCUAUGCAACCAAGGCAACGCCGGACGCCAUGGAGGUCAAGCUGCACUUUCACGUUACCAACGGUCCUCUCAAACUAGCCAGUGCAUGGACCUGUGAAAAGGUGAAGCCAUGCACAUGGCCGGCAGUCAACGUGACGUGCUGCGACGGCAACGCACCCUCAAUCGUGUCUGUGCGCCUGCACGGCAUCUACUACCACACCGACCGGCCCGGCCAUCACGGAGGUAACAUUUCCGAGACUUGGUCGUGGGUUCCCGCCACUAUUGACCUUGAUGCAGCUUCAAGCACGGCCACGGCAAAGCCAAUGCUACCGCCAGUGGGCACCAAGGGAUGGCCUGUUUAUUACAGUACCUACCUUGGCACGGAGGCAUUCUCCAUCGAAGCCGUCGUUGUCAACGCAAACGGCCGGCCAGGCUGCGCAAUUGUUGAUGCGAGUGGCAUUCCCGUGGGCACCUACGAGUCGACUCCUGUCCUUGUGGUGCCAGAAUAAAGAUACACGGAGUCUAGCCCUGUUCGUUUGGAAUUAGGAAGCGGAAUAGAAAGAUCAAUCUCUGUCUGGCUAUCAAAUUGGAGAUGCUUCAUCGAUACGGAGAAAAUUAUAUACAUUACAAUCUGCCGUUUCGAUGUCAGCACAAAAUGGACAUUACAGUUUCUAUUCAAUUUGAAGUUGACAAUUUAGACAGUUACUGAAAUAGGAAGGCAGACUUCAUGAUUCAGCCCCUUCUAAAUCCCUUUCAUAUCAUGUUCGGCACAAUUUCAAUUUUACGCUCGACCGAUGAUGAUUAUCGGGGAAAUACCCGCAUUCCCAAUAGCAGCUUUGCUUGCCGUCAGUUUAUAGCAAUGGUAGCAUUGAUACUCCGACAGAUUUACCAUAUUUUCAGUAGUCUUUCAAGUCUUUUGGACGGAAUGCACAUCACACACUCACUGUAUCAAACUGUAGAGUAGUUAGGUGGCUAACCGAGAGGAGCACCAUUCAUCUUUAACUCUCUGCCUGUACCUGAGCAGCAGGAGUAUAUAUACCCCUUUGUGUGUGCCACUGAAGAUUAUGUACAGCGGGCAAAGUAAGCUGCCUGAACUGGCAAAGUAAGCUGCCUGAACUGGCAAUGGGUGUGAAUGACGCACAGAACGAAUACCAGCAGAGCAGGUACUGGCCAGCAAGCUCAGUCUCAACAGGUUCUCAAAGUAAAAAUAUAUAUCAUCAUAGGUCAAGACGAAAUAAAUAUUUUCAAACUUCUCA